AGGCGGUGCUCCGCGGGAGGAGGGUUGUUCGGGAUGGAGGCGAGCGAGAUGGAGGCCGCGGGGGAGCAGGUCAUCAGCAGCAGGGGCGGCUCCGUGCUCGGGAAGAAGACCAUCCUCAAGAGCGACCACUUCCCCGGAUGCCAGAACAAGCGACUCACCCCGCACAUCGACGGCGCGCCCAAUUACAGACAGGCAGGGUCUCUGCGUGUUCAUGGUGUUGCGAUGCCCACGAUGAAAGGAAUCGUCAAUGUGCUAAAUCAUAUUGGAGAGCAAAAGAAGGGAAAGCAGACCCGAGUUCUAUGGCAUAGUCUUCGGGAGGAACCAGUUAUCUAUAUCAACGGCCGCCCAUUCGUUCUGAGAGAUGUCGAAAGGCCCUUCUCGAACCUUGAAUAUACGGGAAUCAACCGAGAGAGAGUGGAGCAAAUGGAGUUUCGCUUGAAAGAAGAUAUUCUUCAGGAAGCUUCAAGAUAUGGGAAUAAGAUCCUAGUUACUGAUGAGCUACCGAAUGGUCAGAUGGUGGACCAAUGGGAGUCAGUGAUCUCUGAUACAGUUAAAACUCCACUUGAGGUCUAUGAGGAGUUACAACAUCAAGGAUACCUUGUUGAUUACGAGCGUGUUCCUAUUACUGAUGAAAAAGCUCCGAAAGAAGGAGAUUUUGACAACCUGGUACAUCGAAUCUCUCAAGUUGAUAUGGAGACUGAAAUUGUGUUUAAUUGUCAAAUGGGGAGGGGACGGACUACUACUGGUAUGGUCAUAUCUACCUUGGUUUACCUAAAUCGGAUAGGAGCUUCAGGUAUCCCAAGGUCGAGUUCAAUUGGGAAGGUCUUCUAUGCUGGAAAUGAUGUAGAUGACUACAGUCCUAGCUCAGAAGAAGCAAUUCUCAGGGGAGAAUAUGCUGUAAUUAGGAGCUUAGUCCGUGUUCUGGAGGGUGGUGUUGAAGGUAAAAGGCAAGUGGACAAAGUUAUUGAUAAAUGUGAUUCUAUGCAGAACCUGAGAGAAGCUAUUGCGACCUACCGCAGUAGCACUCUUCGUCAACCUGAUGAGAUGAAACGGGAAGCAUCACUUUCCUUCUUUGUGGAGUACUUGGAACGCUAUUACUUCCUCAUAUGUUUUGCUGUGUAUGUACAUUCUGUGAGCUCUGCUCACCAGGCAACAUCUUCAGAAGUUAGUUUUUCUGAUUGGAUGAGAGAAAGACCUGAACUGUACAGCAUUCUUCGAAGGCUGCUGAGGAGAGAUCCAAUGGGUGCUCUUGGUUAUUCAAGUUCAAAACCCGCUCUUCCAAAAAUUAUUGAAUCUGCUGAUGGACGCCCACAUGAAAUGGAUGUUGUUGCUGCCAUGAGGAAUGGAGAAGUUCUUGGACGUCAAACUGUUUUGAAAAGUGAUCACUGUCCAGGGUGUCACAAUCUUAAUUUGCCUGAAAGAGUUGAGGGUGCACCUAAUUUUCGGGAAAUUCCUGGAUUUUCUGUGUAUGGUGUUGCAAAUCCUACUGUCGAUGGCAUUCGGGCUGUUAUUCAGCGUGUUAGUACAAGCAAGGGAAAGCGACCAAUACUCUGGCAUAAUAUGAGAGAAGAGCCCGUUAUUUAUAUACAUGGAAAGCCUUUUGUGCUACGAGAAGUAGAAAGACCGUACAAGAAUAUGCUUGAGUACACGGGGAUUGGCCGUGAUAGAGUCGAGCGCAUGGAAGCCCGUUUGAAGGAGGAUAUUUUACGGGAAGCAGAUCGGUAUGAUGGGGCCAUAAUGGUUAUUCAUGAAACUGACAAUGGUGAGAUCUUUGAUGCAUGGGAAAAUGUCAAUAAUGAAGCUGUUCUGACUCCACUGGAGGUAUACAAACUGUUGGACUCUGAAGGCCUUCCAAUCAAAUAUGCACGAGUGCCCAUUACUGAUGGUAAAGCCCCAAAAAGUUCAGAUUUUGACACAGUAGCCAUGAAUGUCGCAGCUGCUUGCAAGGAUGCUGCCCUUGUAUUCAAUUGCCAGAUGGGCAGGGGCAGAACAACUACUGGUACUGUGAUUGCUUGCCUGCUCAGACUCCGAAUUGAUCAUGGCCGGCCUAUUGGAAUGCCGGCUAGCAAAAAUAAUCACGAAAAUGCAACUGAUCCCGGUUAUUCAAGUGGAGAAGAAACAAUAGACCACAAUGGUCACUUGAAUUCAGACGCAUGGAAACCUCAUACUUUGACAGAGCUGCAGUCUAGAUUUGACAUUAAUGACAUCCUUCUAUUGCGAAAGAUUACAAGACUAUUUGACAACGGAAUUGAGUGUAGGCAGAUUUUAGAUACUGUUAUUGACAAGUGUUCAGCUUUGCAGAACAUUCGCCAAGCUGUUUUGCAGUACACAAAAGUAAUUAAUCAACAAAAUAUGGAGCCAAGAGUUAGGAGAGUCGCAUUAAAUCGUGGUGCUGAAUAUUUGGAGAGAUACCUUAAAUUAAUUGCGUUCUCGGCAUACCUCGGUAGUGAAGCGUUUGAUGGUUUCUGUGGGCAAGGAGAAACAAAGAUAUCAUUUAAAAAUUGGCUGCAACAGCGGCCAGAGAUCCAAACCAUGAAAUGGAGCAUAAGGCUACGACCUGGUCGUUUCUUCACUGUGCCUGAUGAGCCUAAAGCAACAUGUCAACCUCCUCAAGGUGACGUAACGAUGGAAGCCAUUGUCAAAGCCCGUAGUGGCUCUGUUCUGGGGAAGGGAUCCAUACUCAAAAUGUAUUUCUUUCCUGGACAGAGACGGUCAAGCAGCAUGAACUUCCGUGGUACACCACAUGUUAUCAAGGUGGAUGGGUAUCCUGUGUAUAGCAUGGCAACACCAACUGUUGAUGGAGCUAGGGAAGUUCUGUCAUAUUUGAGCUCUAAAGAUACAACUGGAACAAGCAUUGCUCAAAAGGUGGUUGUCACAGAUCUUAGGGAGGAAGUUGUAGUUUACAUAAAGGGGACACCUUUUGUUUUGAGAGAACUAGAUCAACCUGUUGAUACACUGAAGCAUGUUGGUAUAAGUGGCCCAAUGGUAGAGAACAUAGAGGCAAGGCUGAAGGAGGAUAUACUUUCUGAAGUUAAACAACUAGAUGGUCGGCUGCUUCUGCAUCAAGAAGAAUUUAAUGCGGCCACAAAUCAAUGUAGUGUAUUAGGUUAUUGGGAACAUAUAGGUCUGGAGGACGUGAUGACACCAGCAGAAGUGUACAGCACAUUGAGGGAUCAGGGGUAUUGCAUUGACUACAAAAGAAUACCUCUCACCAGGGAAAGAGAAGCAUUAGCUGCUGAUGUGGAUUCAGUACAAUCAUCAAUCAAUGAAUCUUCUAGGUACUAUCUCUUUAUUUCACACACGGGAUAUGGUGGCGUUGCUUAUGCAAUGGCUAUUACGUGCCUGAGACUUGGUGCAGAUGCAAAGUUUGUGAUGGAACAAACAGCAGAAACACACUUUGUAUCAAGUUCUCUUACAAAAAGUGUAUCUGUCAAAACCUUCACUGACAUAGCCCUCAGGCAGGGUGACUAUCGUGACAUACUAAACCUUACUAGAGCACUGAUACAUGGUCCGAAGAGCAAAGAAGAGGUUGACAAAGUUAUUGACAGGUGUGUCGGUGCUGGGGAUUUGCGGGAGGAUAUUUUGCAAUACAGGAAGGCACUGAGAGAUUGUUCGCAUGAUGAUGAUGAUGACGAGGCACGGUCAUAUCUCAUGGAUAUGGGUACUAAAGCUUUGAGGCGUUACUUCUUUCUCAUCACAUUUAGGUCCUACCUUUAUUGUACAUCCUUGCAUCCAGUAACAUUUGCAUCAUGGAUGGAAGCUAGACCUGAACUUGGCCACCUCUGCGAUAACUUAAAGCUGGAUAGGUAGAGUAUGAGUAUAUUUUAUCAUGGCCAUAAUUUUGGUGCCCCGGCAUUCUUGGGACUGUUGGACCAUCUACCCAUCGUUUGCGUUGAUAACAUGGAACUUAAAAGGAGAGGUAUAAUUUGGAAGGAGUAUUGGCUGUAAGUGGGGGCAUUGUAUUAAACUUGCUUCUGCCAAUUGACAGAAGCAAGCAUGUAUAUAGUUAUUGUCAAGCUUAAACUGGAGUAGGACAGUAAAGCUGAGCUUUCCAGUCACCUGUUUUCUAGUGUUUACAAAUUACAAUUACCAUACUAGUGUGUAAUCCAUUUAGAUGGAUGGCCCUGUUCUGCAUCCCACCUCUCUGCUCUACAAAUUUGGAUUCUUGCGGGCUCUUCUUUUUGUGAGUUUUUACAAGCUCCUUGAGCUUCAAUAUCUGUAUGGACUGCAACUUACAAUCACCAUGCUAGUGUGUAAUUCAUUUAGAUGGAUUGCCCUGUUCUGCAUCCGGUCUCACUACUCA